AAUAUCUGCAAGAAAUUGCUUUUAAAUUAGUAGCAGCGUUCGCCAAAUCGAUACGGAAGGAAUGUGGCGCAGCUGCUUCGUUUCCAGCGCCCUCCGUGUUUUGGUGCUCGGGGACUGGGGUGUCCGUGUUUUGCGUUGCAAAGUUCAGUGAAUUUUUGAUAUUUAAGAAAAUAAAGUGCAUUUCAAGUGAGGAUAGGUUCCGGCCUGAGUUAAAUAUUAUCUUGUGGGAAACAAGUGGGAUUUCGGAUGCAUUUGUGACUGAGUAACAAGAUUGUCAUGAAGGCUAAACAGCCAACAUCAAAACCUCAAAAUGAAAAAGCCAAACUAAAUCAUUAUGGCUACAGCUCCAACUCUAAAAACAUGCUGAUGCUGGGUUUCGAUGAACUAAGCCCACUCUAUGUUUGCUUGGUUCUUCUGAGGUUCCUGCUCUGCAUUAUCCAGACUGGCUACAUUCACCCAGACGAGUUUUUCCAGUCCUUGGAGCCAGUGGCAGGCCAGUUUCUCGCUGUGAACGUGACGGUGCCGUGGGAGUUCUCCUCUCGGCUGCCGAUCCGCAGCUGGAGCUCGCUGCUGCUCAGCUCUGGACUGCCAGUGCUGCUGCUGCGGCCCGCCAGCGCCGAACUGCUGCUGGCUGCGCCCCGGCUCUGGAUGGCCCUGCUCUCGCUCUCCGUGGACGUGUGUGUGGCGGCCUGCGCGCGCCUGCUGGGCCGGCCGGCGCGCCGCUGUCUGGAGGCGCUGGCCGGCAGCCACGUGAUGCUCGUGUUCGCCACGCGCACCUUCUCCAACGCGCUGGAGCUGGCGCUGCUGGCUGCCCUGAUGCUGGUGACGAUGCGCAGCCUGGCGGCGUCGGGCCGCGCGGCCGAGGCCGAGGCGCGCCUGGAGCGCCGGCUGGCCGGCUCCCAGUACACGGUGCACCGGCUGCAGCUGGGCGAGGCGCGCGCCGCCGUGCGCCGCGCCGCCACCGCACACUGCGCCGCCGUCAGCGCGCUCCUCUGCGUCGGCGUGUUCGUGCGGCCCACGUUCGUGCUGUUCGCCGCCGCGCCGCUCCUCUACUGGCUGUUCCGCGGCGCCGGCGACGAGAAGGACAACCUGGUGCAGAUGCGGCUGGUGCGCGUCGUGCCGAUCUCGCUGGCCCUCGUCACGGCCAUUGUCAUCAUGGACUCGAUGCUGUACGGCUGGAUGUCGUUCGCCAACCUGAUCGAGGGCACCGUCACCCUGGACCACGUGGUGCUGACGCCUUUCAACUUCAUCGUCUACAACGUCAAGUCGGCCAACCUAGCCUCUCACGGCGACCACUGGUGUCUGACGCACACGCUGGUCAAUGUGCCGCUGCUGUUCGGUAGCCUGGGCGUCAUCGCGCUCGGCUCGUUCGUCCUGCACCUCAAGUCGUUCGCGCGCCACCUGCUCAACCUGGACCUGCACGUGACGACGUCGAGCGCGUUCCUGUCGGCCAGCUUCCUGUUGCCGCUGGUGCUGCUGUCGUGGUUCCCGCACCAGGAGCCGCGCUUCCUGCUGCCGCUGCUGGUGCCCGUGGUGCUGCUGUUCGCCGACCGGCUGGACGCCUCGCCGGGCCGCUGGCGCAACACGCGCCGCUUCCUGGUGCUGGCCUACUACUGCUGGAACGCCGCCUGCGUGCUGCUCUUCGGGUUCGUGCACCAGGGCGGCGUGACGCCGGCGCUGGCGGCGCUGCAGCGCGCCCUGCCGGCCGCCGGCGGCGCCACCGUCGUCUUCAGCCACACCUACAUGCCGCCGCAGUCGCUGCUGCUGCGCUCAGACGUGGAGCUGCACGACCUGGCCGGCCGGCCGCUGCCCGAGGUGGCGCGCCUGCUGACCGACGUGACCGGCGCCAGCCGCGGCCGGCCCGUGUACCUGGCGCUGCCGGCGCCGCUCGAGGACCGGCUGACGGCGCUCACCAGGAGCUCGCUGCGGCUGCGGUCGACCCGCCGCUUCUGGCCGCACCUCAGCGUGGAGGCGGCGCCGUCGUUGGGCCAGGUGGCGCACCAGUGCCGGCGCGACUCGGCGCCGCGCGCGCUGACCUGUCUGCUCGGCGGCGUCGGCCGGCAGCUGAACCUGGUGCUGUUCGAGGUCACUGCCGUGUCACCGGCACCCACCGCCGCGGCCCGGGACUCGACUCGCGCCGCGCGCACCAGGGCACCGGAGCUCCACGCGACGGAGGAGGACGAGGAGAUCGGGACCGUCGGGAUCGGCGCGGCCUAGCUCAGCUCGGUGGGUCGCCGCGCGGCUGGGGCGACUCAGAGUGGCCGGGGGGCUGAUCGGUCGCCUGAGGACAGGGCAGUGGCGCUGGAGCGACCUCAGUGCGGCUGGUGGUGUCUGCCGCCUGCUGCAGAGACCCCCAGCUGCAGCACGUCGGGCCGUCCGCUCGACGAGGGACGGGUGUGAUCCAGGCCCGUUUACUCACAGUGUCUUAUGCUGGGUGAGGCCGGCUAAUUAUUCACACAUUCCACCAGCCAUUCUUCUGAGCACGUCGAGCUGUAAAUGCUCUGCCGCUGUCCGGACCUGCGCCUGCUGAGCACUUCAUCACCUUCACUUUGGUCAGGUGGCCACACACAUCUGUCUACGGCCGUGUGGUCCCGGGUUGUGCUGGGGCCGCGGCGCUGCUCGCCUCGAACGGACCCUUCCCGCUGCUGCACAGUCAGCGCCUGUUUCGGAGUGCCGGGACCUCAGCGAACUGACGUUUACACCGGCUCUCGAAGGAGCCUUCACUCAAAAUUAUCAGUCGCCGCCGCUGCAGAAGCUAAAUGAUUUGCAGGUUCAGGUCAUGGGUGGUUCGCGGGUGCUGUAAAAUCAUCGCUUGUGUUAUUCUGUUAGUUUUUAGAAAAAUGCUGUGAGGCAUCGAGUUGCGUUGCUUUUGUGCAUACCAGCCACGGCAUAGCGCUUUGUCCAGAUCUCAAAGAUUACACAUGUUUUGCUUUUGUAUCGUGAUAGCACAUUCUAGUCAAGCUGUUUCCGUCUAAUUGAGCUUUGUGCUUCACCGCACGACACAAUAAGCCCUAGGCUAUUACAAUUAUUUGUCGUCUUCAAGUCAUUGGCUGAAGUGAUUCAAUGCAUUUUACGAUUAAUAUAUUUCGAGUGUUCUAAUUGCUGU